CCAGACAGCACAGUCGGGCAGAACAACACUGACAGAACAACUGUUAACACAGCACAUUGAAACAGCUUCUGAUCUACAAAUUUCAACAGCAGAUCUUAACUCAGUAAAAGAUGGACUUCAAAAUGAGCUACAUGGCUGAGGAAUGGAGCCUCAAGAUGCCCAAGGGACUGGACUUGGAAGUUUCCCAUCAUCCAGUGACAAUGAAGAGUGUGGUCAACCUCAUCAUUGCCAUGGAGAGGUUAAAGACCAGCAAUUCAGAGCCAGUGCUGAGCACAGACUUCCAGGAUGAAAACCUGCUUUCCAUCAUGCUGGAGAGCAUUGUGGAAGAGCAUAGUGUGAUCGAGAGGACAGGUGCACCACCUCAGUUCACCAGCAGGGAUGAGAUUGAGUGCACUGUGACUGACAGCCAAAAGAGGAGCUUGGUUCUGGUCAGCAGCAUGGAGCUCCAUGCAGUGAUGCUGCAGGGAGGCAGUGAUGACCGCAAAGUGCACCUGAACAUGUCGACCUACGCGCACCCUACACCCAUCGCUGAGACCAGGCCUGUCGCUCUGGGCAUCAAAGGCACAAACCUCUAUCUGUCUUGUCACGAGGAUGACGACAAGCCAACCCUCCACCUGGAGGAAGUGACGGAUAAAAACAGUCUGACAAGGAUAAGCGCUGAAAGCGACAUGGUGCGAUUUCUCUUCUAUAAACGCGACACUGGGCUCAGCAUCAGCUCUCUCAUGUCUGUCCGCUGCCCCAACUGGUACAUCAGCACAGCGCAGGACGACGACCAGGUGGUGGAAGUGUGUCAGGAGGCCGCCCCACGCUACAGAAGCUUCAACAUCCAGCGCCAGAGUUAAAACCCAUUAAGGAUUCCCAAGAUGAAUUUUGGAGCUCUAUUUGCACUCCAGUUUGACCUUCUUAAAGUAUGUGCUAAGUACAUAAAUUGGAAUGAUUAAUGAUGUAAAGUUACAUCACAAGGUAGCAUCAUUGUGCUCUCUGAGCAUCUGGUGUGUAGUUAUUAAUCAAUAAUUUAACAUACUGUUGAUGCUUUUAUAUAUGUAUUUAUUCAUCUAUUUAUGCUAUUGCAAGAUGUUAAUUAUUUGUUUGGUUGUUUGUUUUUACAAACAAGUAUUUAAAUGAUCUAACAAUCUGAAAUAAAAUUUUUAUUCCCAAUUUAUAUUUGUGGCUGAUAUAUUCUUUAAAUAUCUGGUAAUCCACUCAAAUAGUGAUAAAUAACAGACAAUAACAAUCUCUCACCACAACAUACAGCAAAGCUCACAAAAUGUUAUUUGUGAAAAUAGUCAGAAAUCAACCACUGUUCCUCAGCUCCGUGCAACGCGGUGUUCUGUAAUAAACCCCGAGUCAGAAUAGAGCCGAUGACACCGACAGGCUACACACUGAUCAGUACAGCCGGUUCUGUGAUUGGCAACUAAACAGACAUUAACCAUCAUAACCCUGAUCACUUUCUGCCCAACUUAUUGGACAGGCAGAUCACUUUAUCUAUCAGACUCUGCUGAUCCAAGCACAGAUACCUUGUGCAAUAAAUCUUUACAAUGCAAGAUUUCUGUUCUGAGUUUAUUUAAACUCUGCCCAAUCCAACACAUUGUGUGCACAUUAAGCCACUUUAUUGCAGUGUCUCCUACACGUUUCACUCUGUUACGGUGAGAAAUUUGUUUGGUUUCUGACAUUUAUUUUAAUUUAUUAAACUACUUUUAUUUUCUUAUUUUUCUUAAUCUAAUUCAUUGAGUCAUCUGGCUAAACUUACUGGAGUUACUUACUAGAGCCAUUUAAUGGUAUUUUAUUCAGUUUUUGCUUUGAUAUUUUGCUUACUGAGCUCCUUCAAUUUUACUAUAUAUCCUGUAUUUAAUUAAGCAUUUUUUCCUGUUCUGAGAUUUCUUUUUCCUAUGUAGUCUACCUUAAUAAUUUAUCUUAUCAUGUAUGAUCUUAGCCUACCUUCUUCUUCCUGUUCAUUUUACUAGCGAUGGGCAAACAAUUCAAUGGUACAUUGUCGCCACCAAGUGGCAGAGUGGACUAAAAGCAUUCUUACCAAACAAACAUUCUUACCAAACAAAUUAGUCUGUCUAAAUCAGUGUAUCUUAGUUUUUGUUUGUUUGGUGCCUGGACUUAACUGCUAAUUGUCUACAAUUGAUUAUGUAUGACUUUGACUUAUAAGGGAUACAACGUCUUCCCAGACGCCAUUAUGUUGUCCUGCCUUUAAUUUUUUAAAUUUGGAUCACUAAGUAAUUUAAAAUAAAAC